AUUAUGUAAGUGAUCUAUGGAAUUCAGACGAGGAAGUACAUCCCAAGAUGGAACACUGGAAGAUUCUAUUGCCCAAAAUCACUGCUGUACUUCAACAUGCAGAAGAAAAUCCUGUUGCCAACCAAUUCGUGAAGUUACAUCUUGAUGAUCUCAAGGACUUGGCUUAUGAUAUGGAGGACAUACUUGAAGAGUUUGUGAUUGAUGCCAAGAGGUCCAAAUUGAGUGCAGAAUCUGAAGCCAAACCCAACAAGCUUCAAAAAAUCAUCUCCAGUGUCUUUUUUGGAUCUAGAGCUAAGCCUAAUCCAAAGCUUGAUUCCAUGGUGAAUGAUCUAAGUGUUAGAUUGCAGAAAAUUCAUGAUGGGAUGCGUAGUUUGGACCUAGCCAAUUUGAAUUUGAAACUUGAAGAUGAGUCUCACAAAGUAGCUGCAAAAAGACUACCUGAGUCUUCUCUUCUUGAAGAUAUUGUGUUGGGUCGAGAUAGUGAUAAAGAAGAUAUUCUUCAAAGGUUGCUAGAAGAUGGAGGCAAUCUCAAACAGGACUUUGUUAUUCCCAUCGUUGGAAUGGGUGGACUGGGGAAAACAACUCUUGCUCGGCUCAUCUACAACGACAAAAGAUUGGAAGGCAAGUUUGACUUCAAGGCAUGGGUUUGUGUUUCUGAUGAGUUUGAUGUUGCUCAAAUAACAAGAACCAUUUUAGAACAUGUAACUCGGACACGUUAUGACAUUUGGAACAAGGAAUAUGGCCAGUGGGAUGUCUUGAAGAGACCUUUUAUGUCAGGAGCUCCUGGAAGCAAAAUAAUUGUCACAACUCGAAACAACGAUGUUGGGACGAUGAUGAGAGGAGAUGAUGGAGUUUACAAUUUGGAAUUGCUACAAGAUGAUGCUUGUUUGCCAUUAUUUACACAACAUGCACUGGGGAAAGAGAACUUUGAUGCUCAUCCUAACCUACAAGAUGUUGGUGAAAAGCUUGUUAAGAGGUGCAAAAGAUUGCCAUUGGCACUAAAAACACUAGGUGGCGUCUUGCGAGGGAAGCUACAUCCUGACUAUGAAUUUGACAAAAAGGAGUUGGUUUUGUUAUGGAUGGCUGAGGGUUUGUUACCGCAACAGUCACAUGGAAAGAAGCAAAUGCCAAAGGAGAUUGGUGAUCAAUAUUUCCAAGAUUUGUUAUCAAGAUCACUCUUUCAACAAUCAAGUGGAGAUGAAUCACAGUUCGUGAUGCAUGACCUCAUAAAUGAUUUAGCUAUAGAUGUUGCUGGAGAAAUAUAUUGCAAUCUUGGAGAUAGCAUGGGUGAUGAAAAAUUAGAGAAGGCUCGUCAUGUGUCAUUCAUUCCACACUAUCAUGAAAUCUCCGAAAGAUUCAUGGUCUUGAAAAAAUUGAAGCAUUUGAGAACAUUCUUGCCACUACAAGGGUUCCAUCACUACCCACCCUUCUUGUCUAACAUAGUUGUGCAUCAUUUCCUACCAACUUUAAAUCACUUAAGAGUGCUAUCUCUUUGCAAUUAUCGGAUAAGCAAGCUACCUGCGGAUUUUUUUGGAAAUUUAAAGCAUAUUCGGUACAUUAAUUUCUCUGGCACACAUAUCAAAUGUAUACCUGAAUCAGUGGGUUCUCUUCUCUUCUUACAGACAUUGCUAUUACAUGGUUGUCAUAAGCUUACUGAGUUGCCUGCAACGAUUGGGAAUUUAAUUGAUCUUCAUAAUCUUGAUAUCACCGAUACAGAAUCUUUAAAAGCGAUGCCAUCAGAAAUAUGUAAUCUUAAAAAUCUUGUGACAUUGUCUAAAGUGAUUGUGGGGGAGGCAAGUGGAUUGAUGAGAUUAUCUGAUUUGAAGAACUUUUUGCAACUUCAAGGAACAUUGUCUCUUCUAGAUUUACAGAAUGUUUUGGAUGUUCAAGAUGCUAAGAAGGCCAACCUAGACAAGAUCCAUGGUCUGGAAGAGUUAGUCUUGGAGUGGACUACUUCUGAUAAUGAUGGAGAUGAAUUAGUCCUCGAAAUGCAGGUCCUCAGUUGGUUAAAACCUCAUUCAAAUUUGAAAAGUCUCAAAAUUUCUUGCUAUGGUGGCUAUAGUUUCCCAAAUUGGGUGUGUGAUCCAUCUUUAUUUUCCAAUUUAUCAUACAUGGAGUUUACGAAUUGUGAGAGAUGCACUUUGUUACCAUCACUUGGCCAAUUAUUUGCUCUCAAAAAAUUGAUUAUUACAGGCAUGAAGGCAAUAAAAGCUGUGGGUCUUGAGUUUUAUGGGCAACAUGAACCUUUUCGAUCAUUGGAAGAACUGGUGUUUCAAGACAUGACAAAUUGGAAGGAAUGGACUUCUCCAGCCGAAAGUGCAAGUACAGGUGAAUUCCCUUGUCUCCUUAAGCUUGUGAUUGAAGAUUGUCCUGAGUUGGUAGGACAAUUACCCGGCAACCUUUCUUCACUUAAAGAGUUGCAUGUUAGAAGGUGCAAUGAGAUGCUUUUGAACAGUAUGGGUGAUCUCACCUCACUUGUUAAUUUGAGAAUUGAGAAAAUUUCAAAACUAACUUGCUUGCCUAAGAGUUUUACACAGUCCUUGAUAGCACUUGAGACUCUAAAUAUUACAUGUUGCCAUGAUCUUACUAGUUUGUGGGAGGAAAGGGCAGAAAUAGAACAAAGCCUCUUGCCUUUCAAUCUUAAACAUCUUAGCCUUAUGCAAUGUACUCAUUUGGAGUCAUUACCUAAUGCAAUGAUGGUGCAAAUGGAUGGAAGCAGUAGCAGCGACACUAGUAUGUUGACGUUGAGACUUGAAAAGCUGGAAAUUUCUGGUUGUCAUUCUCUCAACUCUUUCCCAAGAGGCAAGUUACCUAGCACGCUUACAUACUUGAAAAUAGAAGACUGUGAUUGUCUUGAGUCUCUACCGGAGGCAGAUGGUGACAAUGAUAGCAAGCUCUAUUUGGAAAUAAAGAAUCUUCCAUGUCUGUAUUCUUCUGAGGGUUGUCAUCAGCUACCAGUUUGUCUCAAGAAAUUUACAACUGAUAAGGGUGGGGAGCUGUUGGAAUCAUUUCUAGAGAGGAUGCUACAACAUUGUAUGGGACUCCAAUGCAUUGAAAUUACAAAUUGUAAAACAUUGAAAAGUUUACCCAUCCUUGAUUGUGUCAGCAGUCUCGUCAAAUUAUGGAUUGAGCAAUGUGAAGUCUUCGAGUCCCUCCCGAAUAUGAUGAACCAGCUGAAAUCUCUUCAAACCCUAUCGUUGGUAGACUGCCCCGGCAUUGAGUUCAUUCCAGAUGGGAGUUUGCCCCCAAACUUAAUAAAUCUUUACUUAAUAAGGUGUAAGAAUCUCAAGCGUGUGCCGAAUACAAUGUACCAGCUCACAUCGCUUCAGAGUCUAUCAAUGCCAAGUGAGGCUUUGACGAUGGGAUUUGGACGAGACCUCCAAAACCUUACAUCUCUUCAAUAUUUGAUAAUUGAGCAGAAACUCCCUCUAAAUAUUGUGCUACCUUCUUCUUUAACCACUCUUGGGAUCUAUUGUCAAGAAAAUUUGGAAUCCAUACCUAAAGGGCUCUUCCAAAACCUAAACUCCCUUAAUUGUUUGGAAAUAACUGACUGCCCGAAGCUACAAUUUUUGCCAAGGGAAGGCUUCCCUCCCUCGCUUGGACUAAUAUCCAUGUUCAGUUGUCCGCUUCUAGAACGACAGCGCUUUAAGGAAACAGGAGACUACUGUACUCUCACGCGCACCAUCCCCUGCAUUUGGAUAGAUGAUGAUCAGGUAAUAAGACCUAGUGUGAACUGAGCCUAGCAUCACCAUUUUAUACUUUUCAUAUGAGAAUUUAGAAAAAUUAUAAUAGAUAACACUUUUCUUU